AUGAUGGUCUACCCAGAAUCUCAAGGCUUGCAAGGUAAAGAUGACAAUGAUGGUGAUGAGACUGACAGUGAAGAAUCAGGGAAUUCCUGCCACUCUGAGCUUCCUUCACCCUUGUUUAAGAGGAGUGACAGCACAGAUGACAAUCAGACAGAGGAUCUGGGAGAACCCACUCCAUUUUCUGUAAUUUCUGGGCACUCUUACAUGGUAAAAAAUAAAAAAAUGGGGUUGGACAAGCGUGCACUGAAGCUUGAGGUGGAAGAUCAGGAAUUUCAGGAACCACUUUACAAAGACACGGGAAUGUCUGACAACUCAGCUGGAGAUGAGGAGCCCAGCACGACCCAUCGCCUUCCUGGGCAUCAGAGGUUGCCUGCUCCCCAAAAGGCUGGUACAGCACCAAGUGGCUUCCACAACCCUUUCCAGCACAGCUCAGGCCAGCACUUGGGGACAGAGGCUGCUGCCACACAGGCCUGUGCCAGUGACCAUUACGUGGGACACCCAGAGAGCACCGGGGGUGCAGAGCCCCAUGUGCUGCACGAGGAGGACAGCGAGGACAGGGAGUCCCCGUCCCUGCAGCCGACCUACAACUCGCUCUGGCAGGACAACAGCAGCCUCAGGUCCGAGAACGAAAUGCUCAGGAAUGUGAACCUCGUGCUCAUGUCAGAGAACUUUGCGCUCAAGCAGGCGUUCGGAGAGCUCAAGAAGGGCGGCCCUGCGCUCAGGGAGAGGGACGUCACACUCAGGCAGGAAUACAACAUGCUCAGGGAGCAGUAUGACAGGCUCCAGGGUGAGAAUGCUGCACUCAGGAAGGACAAUGCCGAGACCAGGAGAAUGUUUAACACCUUCCAGAACAACUUGAACAAACAGGCGUGCAUGGUGGCGAGCCUGCAGGACCAGCUGGAGAUCAGCCAGGCUGAACGAGAGAGGGAAGCCCAAGAGGCCCAGUGCUUAGUCCAGCAGACUGAGACUCGUCUUCAGCUAAUUAACCAGAGGGCUCUGGAUGCUGAAACUAACGUGGAGAGGCUGAAGCAGAAGAUCUAUAUUCUCCAAGGUCAACUAGAGAGAUGCAAGCUGGAGAAUGAACACCUCAGAACAGACUGGCCUGGAAGCAGUAGAACACAAGUUAGUUUUCACCAGGCAAGACCCCCACAAGCUCACAAUGAGCAAAGAUGGCUCCGUCAGGCAGUUCCUGCCUCAGGAGUGCUACCUGUUGUUGCUGAGGUCCUUGAAUCUACCAGAAAAAUUCUCAAAUUUUAA